GGGGUCAGGGGGCUCCUGAGACUGCCUCACAGGGGUGUCCAGAGCCAGUGGCAAGGGCCAGAGGGAGGCACACAGGCAAACACAGAGAGAGACCCAGCAAAGCGAAGACACAGAGAGAAAGAGAAAAGCCCAAAACGGGACAAGGACCCCCGUCAUUCAUCCACAGAGCCACAAGCGGAGGCCAGAGCCAGCCCGGGAGAAGCUCUGCUGCCUGUCCGUCCCCAUGGGCCACUGGGGGCCAUGGCUGCACACUUCUCUCCUCUGGGCUGCUGCGGCCAGCCUGCUCCUCCCCCCGGCCGUGACCCAGCAGCUGAGAGGGGCUGGGCCGGGCCCCAGCAACUGGCACAACAAUGCAGGAGUCUCGGGGCCCUCGGAGGACGGGUCAGGUGGGUUUGGCCACCCUGCGCACAGCCCUAGAGGCUACGGAGAUGAGAACGAGGCUGUUUUCACAGAGAGCGGACAUCGAUUCUGGAGUCACGGAGACCGCGGAGAAGAGGACGAAGAUCUCUCCAGGGAAUACAGUCACCAACUCCAAGGCCACAAGCACCAGAGCCAUGAGGCUGGAGACGAGAACCUCUCCGAGGAGGAGGUCUUCCCAGGGCAUGCUCAGCAGGCUCACGUGCACCGAGACCGUGGCAAUGAAGAUGGAGAUGAUUCAGCAGAGGGUGGGCACGGCUUCCCCAGCCUCGGGAGCCACCGCCACCGCCAAGACGAGGAUGAGGACGAGGUUGUGUCCAGUGAGUAUCCACAGCGUAUCAGCAGGCACGUACAUCGAGGCCACGGAGGAGAGAGUGAUGAAGAAGAUGAGGAGGAGGAUGUUUCUACUGAGUACAGACACCAGGCCCACAGGCGCCAAGGCCACGGGAAGGAAGAGGAUGAUGUCUUCGAUGAACAUCAACAUCACGUCCCCAGCCAUGGGCACCGAGGCCACGAAGAAGACGAAGAAGAUGAGGAUGAGGACGGUGAUGAUGUCUCCACUGAGUAUAGACACCAGGCCUACAGGCACCAAGACUAUGGCAAGGAAGAGGAUGAAGACGUCUCAGAUGAAGAUCACUAUCAUGUCCCUGGCCAUGGACACCAAGGCUACAGAAAAGAAGAAGAAGAUGAUGAUGAUGAUGAUGAUGUCUCCGCUGAGUAUGAACACCUGGCCCACGGGCACGGAGGCCACGGGAAGGAAGAGGAUGAUGUCUCCGAUGAACACCACCAUCAUGAACCCAGCCACGGACACCGAGGCGGGGAAGACAAGGAAGAUGAGGAUGAGGAUGAGGACGAGUCCACUGAACACUGGCACCAGGUUUCCAGACAUACUCACCAGAGCCUUGAAGAUGAGGAGGAGGGGAUCACAGUCAAGUUCAGCCACCAUGUGGCCAGCCAGCAGCCAGAAGGCCACAGGAGCAUUGAGGAGGAGUACUUCCCAGACGAAUAUAAAACAGCAGUCCCUGGCCAUCACCAUCACGAAGUCCCCAAGGAGGAAGAUGAGGACAGCUCUGCCAAGCCUGGCCACCAAGCUCCCAGCCAUAGACCACAAGGCCACAGGGAUGAGGGGGAUGGCCAAAGAGUGUCCAGCGAAGAGAUUAGCCACCAGCUCCCAGAAUCCACUGGGGGCAAGGAUAGAAGCCCUUUGGGGGAAGGAGACUCUGAGGAAGAAGAGGAGAAGGAAGGAGACCAUGGCUCCCAUGAGGAAGAGGGUGAAGGCUCAGAACAGGGAGAAGAAGGCACCCACCAUGGCAGCCUGGACCGGGAGGAUGAGGAAGAUGAGGAGGAAGGUCAUGGCCUCAGCCUGAGCCAGGAGGACGAGGAAGAAGAGGAUGAGAGGAAAGAAGAGAGGGCUGAGGUUCAGGUCCCACCAAGCCAAGGCCACCAGGAGGAGGAAGAUGAGGAGGAGGAAGGGCUGGGCGAAGACCAGAUCCCCUUCACCAUCAUCCCCAACCCACUGGCCAGGAGGGAGGUGGCUGGAGGUGGCUCCAGUGAGGAAGAGAGUGGUGAGGACACGGGUCCGCAGGAUGCCCAAGAGUACGGGAACUACCAGCCAGGGUCCCUGUGUGGCUACUGCUCCUUCUGCAAUCGGUGCACUGAGUGUGAGAACUGUCACUGUGACGAGGAGAACAUGGGAGAGCACUGUGACCAGUGCCAGCACUGCCAGUUCUGCUACCUCUGCCCACUGGUCUGCGAAACUGUCUGCACUCCAGGAAGCUACGUCGACUAUUUCUCCUCGUCCCUGUACCAAGCCCUGGCGGACAUGCUGGAAACUCCGGAACCCUGACCCGGACGCGCCGCUGCGGCGCGCACGUACCUCCCUGGCCCUCCAGCACCUUUCCACGAGUCAUAUUUAUUUCUCUGAAUAAACGUGCUCCCCGAAA